AAAUGUUCAUUCACAUGCGUUACGCGUGUUUUGGGCCUGUGAAUGAGCAAUAACGUUGCUGUUUUUUAGUUUCUAUUUGCGAUUGCUCCAGCGGGUGUUGACGAAAUGAGUGAAGAGAAAGAAAUCAAAGAAGAGGCCGCUCAAGAAUUCCGCAUAGAUCCGGAGUCCGAGCUGCGUUUUGAAGUAGAAGGAAAAGAAAAGGUCACUGUUGAGCUGAAGUCGGGCCUUGCAGAAAUAUUUGGCGUCGAGUUGGUGAAAAACAAGAAGUUUACGUUCGGACCUGGGGCCAAAGUUGCAGUUUUCACGUGGCAUGGGUGCACGCUGGAGCUCUGUGGAAAGACAGAAGUUGCCUACGUGGCGAAAGAAACACCCAUGAUAUUCUACGCCAACAUCCAUGCAGUGCUGGAGCAAAUGCGGCAGAAGUGUGAAGAGGACGAUUCGAAAGGACCCACAGUGUUGGUUGUUGGACCUACAGAUGUUGGCAAGAGCAGUCUCUGCCGGAUACUCCUUAACUAUGCAGUUCGUCAAGGUCGACGGCCUAUCUUUGUGGACCUUGACGUUGGGCAGGGCCACAUAUCUAUACCUGGAACAAUCGGGGCAGCUUUUGGUGGAGAGGCCGGCAGAUGUAGAAGAGGGCUUUUCUCAACAGGCACCCCUUGUCUACCAUUACGGCCACAGUACGCCAGGGACCAAUGCCACAUUGUACAAUGUUCUUGUUUCUCGACUUGCGGAGGUCAUCAACCAACGUGCUGAAAGCAACAAAAAGGCAAGCGCCAGUGGUGUCAUCAUCAACACUUGCGGUUGGGUGAAAGGAACUGGCUACAAGGCAAUCACUCACGCCGCUCUUGCUUUUGAAGUGGACGUUGUCCUAGUGCUGGAUCAGGAGCGGCUGUACAACGAACUAGUGAGGGACAUGCCGGGUUUUGUCAAGGUGGUGUUUACACCAAAGUCUGGUGGUGUUGUAGAACGCAGCAAGUCCAUGAGGUCAGAAUCUAGAGAUUCAAGGGUGAAAGAGUACUUCUACGGCCUCAAAACACCCCUUUACCCACACUCUUUUGAUGUCAAGUUUUCUGACGUCAAACUGUAUAAGAUAGGUGCGCCAUCUUUACCUGACUCCUGCAUGCCACUAGGCAUGAAGGCUGAGGACAACUUCACAAAGCUGGUACCUGUUCCUUUAGGACCCAAUGUGCUGCAUCACAUACUGAGUGUCAGUUUUGCAGCCAGCAGUGACGAGGACAUUCUACAGACUAAUGUGGCCGGUUUUAUCUGCGUGGCAGCGUGCAAUGGGAAAAGCUCUUUUUUCCCUCUCUUUCUCUGGGGCAUGCAGCUGGUGGUUAUAUCCUGUGGACCAAUGCAAUUUGGAGCUUUCAUCGCCUUGAAUGUUUCAUGCGCUAGGGUACAUUCACACCGUUAUAACUUUUCUUGCAAGUGCACAGCUUACAGAAACUCGGUAAUAGUAUACCUGUAACUGCAUCACCCUUCUGAUUAAUGUCUCUGUAGCUAAGUGCAGCUUGAGGAAAGUGAAAGCCUUGUUGACCCUUUCUGUGACUGCUUUCUGAAUGAGGGAGGAUUUUACUGUACAAAUAAUAAUCCAGAAAAAAAAUAAAGUGCAGAAUUGUUUACCGGC